AUGCGCGUGGUGCCGCGCAACGACUCUGACGGCGGCUGGCUGUUCCGCGAGCCCACCGUCGACGUCUUCACGCCGGACAGCCUGGUCAGCCCGGCCGCUCUGCUGACUCCGUGCGCGCGCCUCCUCGGCCGCUGGCUCGUCUGCGCCCGGCACCUUAGCGUCGUCGUCCCCCACCCCGCCGUCGUCCUCGCCCGCUCGCCCUCGCAGGAGUCCGCGCUGCUCGGCGACUUCCACAUGGAGUUCUGCGACAACCUGAAGCAGCUGAUGCAGGCGUACUUCCGCGACUUCUCGGUGGAGCGCCUGGAGCGGCCGUGGCGCGCCUUCUCGGGCGGCUGGUCGCGCGCCUCGCUGUCGCGCCACCUGGGCAUCGCGUCCACGUUCGCGUCCGGCGCCGCCCAGCACUGCUACGUGCUGGUCAGGGUGGCCCGGCACCGCCGGCGCGCCGCCCUCGCCCAGGGAGCGCCGCUCACGCUGCUGGACGCCGUGCGCCACGAGGCCGACAAGGUGGUUCCGGGCGACACGGCCUCCGUGGUGAACUUCGUGCGGAGUUUCGGCAGCCAUUACGUGGCCGCCUACGUCACCGGGAACUCCCUGUACCAGGUGUUCGUGUUCACGCCGCAGAUCUACCGGCGCAUCAAGCAGCUGCUGAAGACGCAGGGCGUCUCGGACUUCAGCAACGAGGAGCUGUCCAACUACUUCUCGCCGUGGUACGCGGAGCACAUCGGCGCCAUCCAGUCGGCGAGCGGCAACGCGACGGUGGAGGCGUGGGCGGCCGACAACCUGCGCCAGCACUUCUACUUCCUGGCCUACUCGAGCCUGCUCAAGCUGCACGGCAACGCGCCCCUGCUGCGCCGGCUGGACGGGCUGCUGCGCGAGGAGGCGCUGCUGCAGCUGGACCUGCGCACGCUCGCGCCCGCCUUCCAGGAUGCUGCACGCCGCCAGUGGUUCCUCGAGGUUGUGGACAACUACCUCAAGCUGUGGGAGGUCAACAUGUGA